UGUAUCUAGAAGAACUGGGAAGUGAUGGUUGCAGAUUCCAGGAAGAAUCAUGUCUUGCUUUAUCUGCUUGCGUCUGUCGGAAUAUUUCAUACGCCUGAAAGGCUUCAUUUCGGCGAUCUAUCCAAAUGCCCGACUGAAAUAUCCCGGGCCACAGCAUGGGAAUAUCUCUUUCUCAUUGCCUGUCUGGGUUACACCAUCUAGAGCAACAUCGGUAGAUUUAUCCUCUCCCCCAUGGCUUCGGCGAUUUUGUCUGGGCGUAUAUGAAGGAAGAAUGUAGACAGUAGUCUUAUGGAGAUGGAGGUUCUCAUCAACAGAAUUCGAUCAAUACUGUAGCACUCACCACUCAUCAAGUCCUCAUGGUUGCCUCUCGAUAUCUUCUCCAGGCUCUAGUGGCCUUGGCCCUUCCAGCGGCUACCAUCGGCCGGGCGUUCUUCCCGUUUCAACAGAUGCAAAUGCACCAUCAACAGUCUCAAAUCCCACUGGAAGAUCCAGGGUGUGAUGGUUCUGGUCUCGUCGAUCCAGAUGGCCGCUGCAAUGGCAAUGGGAUCAUCGACAACCCUACAGACCCAAAGGAUAGAGAAGGAUUCCGCUUCGAGAACCCCUCGACCAACUGCAAAUAUGUCUCCCAGAUGCACAUCUGGGACUCGUUCAAGGAUCUGGAGAAGGAUAUGAACAAGUUAUUCACGCUGAUCCAUAAGAAUGUCAGCUUCACAGUUGUUGGCCAUCAUCCCAUCGCUGGGCACUACCAUGACUUGAUGCAUUUCUAUGUCAACGCCCUUCGUCGAGUCAGCGUAUUGUUUUAUGACCAUGCGGAAAAGUUUGAAAUCCAUCCCCAGGCUAUCCACGGAGGGUGUAAUGAGCGGUGGUCUGUUCAGGAAGUCCAGUUUAAAGGAAUCAUGAACUCAGGCGAUCCAUUUGACAUUGUCAACGUCUGGGUUACCCGAUGGUACGAAGGGCAGAUGGUAGAGAUUCGAACGUAUAUCGAUGCAGCACGAAUCAUGGAAGCACUGCACAAGAAUGAAAUCUGGUGGAACGGAACUACUUUCCGAGACAAUCUGCAGUAUAUGCCCGGUCCUGCUGGUAUGCCGGAUCUGAAGCAAUUGGAGGAUCUGAUGGGUUAUCCAGAUGGCCGCAAGUAUGAAGACUGAGGGACUUGUUCACCGUAGGGAUUGGAAUUAGCAGUGGAUGGUAGGCAAUUGGGAAUUUGACGCUGUGGGAGGACCAACUGCUGUUAUCUCGGAUACAAAAGUCAGGGGCAAUGAACUGAAUAAACCGUAAACCCAAUAUUGCACCGAGGAUAAAAUCUCCCAAUAAUAAAAGAAGAAGGGCGAAGGACAGAUGGAAGUUGAUCAAAGUCAAAGUCGAUCCGGUCUUUCCCCGCACAUUCAAUUUAUUUCACAUGGGGAACUUCUCGCCAACUUUCUUCUCCUUCUCCAACUUUCAUCCACCAUUGAAAGAACAGCCCAGAUUGGAAUGAAGCUAUUCUCCAAUUUGAAUAUGCUACUUUUCUAGAACACUACCAUGAGUGAAUCAGCAAUAAGAAAACGCUCCCGGGUCGCGUG